AUGAUCAUCAGCGGUGGCGAUGACACGAUAAUAAACCACGUAAAGUUUACCACCACGCACAAACUCAAAUGGUCAAUCGCUCAUGAACAGUAUGAUGACCUCGAAGAUAGUAUCGUCUUCAAUAAGUCGGAUGCUGACGGUUUGUCUUUCCCUCACUAUGAUGCUCUUGUCAUAAAUUUACGUAUCACAGAUAGUGAUGUGAAAAGAAUAAUGGUAGAUGACGGAAGCGAUGCGUGUAUCAUCCAUCCUUGGGUCCUCGUACAGAUGAGACUCGAAGAUAAGAUAAUACCGCGGUGCAUAACACUAAGAGGUUUUAAUAAUACAGUUGAACGAACCUCUGGAGAGAUAGUGCUGCCCGUCUUGGCCGGAGGAGUCACUCUGGAAACAACGUUCCACGUCAUGAAUCAAGAGACAGCCUACAACGCUAUCAUAGGGCUCCCAUGGAUACAUGCCAUGCGAGCCGUCCCGUCAAGCUUCUAUCAAACAAUCAAAUUUCCUACUCCAUGGGGAAUAUUCAGCAUCCGGGGCGAACCACGCACCGCACAAGAAUGCUAUUGUAUCGCCCAGGACUGUGCACACACACAACAACUAAAAGGAGCAACCUACGAGGCAACCGUAGAGGACCUCGAUCCUGUCCAACUAGACAGCAACAACAGCACAAAAAAAGCUUAUAUUGGGCACAAUCUUCCGGAACCAGAUAUGCCGGGCAUCCUAAGAGAUGUUGCCACGCACAAGCUGAAUGUUGACCCACUCUACACGCCUGUACGACAAAUGAGGAGAAAGUUCAACGCUGCAACCAACGAUGCAGUCAGCAAAGAGGUCGAUAAGCUACUCGCUAAUGGCUUUAUCCGAGAAUCAAAGUACCCUCAGUGGGUCGCCAAUGUGGUCAUGGUGAAGACGAAAAAUGGAAAGUGGCGGAUGUGCGUUGACUUUACCGAUCUAAACAAGACAUGCCCAAAAGAUUCCUUCCCAUUACCACAUAUCGACCAGCUCAUCGACGCAAUAGCGCGGCACGAGUUCUAA